ACAGAGGAAAAAUUCGCAACCGAACCCAACGGAAGCAAUCAAAGCCAGCCAGCCGCGACGCUCUCCUCCCAGGCGGGCGUGAGAAGAAAGUGUCGCCGUCCUCUCCUCCCAGUCUGCCGCUAGCCGCCGCCCCAUUCUUUCCUCCCCGCAGCCGCGCGCGGUUCAGGACCGGAGUGCUAGCUCGCCGGCGUUCCCUCUUCUUGUGCUGUCGGUGGUGGUUGGAGAUGGCACAUAUGUUUCCAAAUGAAGGUGCCUCAUCCAGCUCAACCUCUAUGAGCAGCCAGAGAAGUCAGACCGAUGAUGAUAGGAUGAUUGCAAUGGUUCUCACAGAAGAAUAUGCCAAGUUAGAUGGUGCUAUAGCCAAGCGUCUUACGAAUUUAACUUCAAUUCCUCAUGUUCCCCGGAUUAACACAUACUUCCCGACAUAUAGUGAUGCCACUAUGGACCAUUAUCGCCUUCUUGAUAGGCUAAAUGCAUAUGGCUUGUACGAGGUGAGGGUAUCUGGUGAUGGAAAUUGUCAGUUUCGUGCACUCUCAGACCAGCUAUACCGAUCACCUGAGUAUCACAAGCAUGUUCGAAAGGAGAUUGUAAAGCAGCUCAAGGAAUGUAACUCCUUGUACGAAGGUUAUGUUCCAAUGAAAUAUAAACAUUAUUGCAAGAAAAUGAAGAAGUCUGGUGAAUGGGGUGACCAUGUCACGCUGCAAGCAGCUGCUGACAAGUUUGCUGCGAAAAUCUGCCUUCUAACAUCAUUCAGAGAUACCUGUUUUGUUGAAAUUAUUCCACAAUAUCAAGCUCCACAGAGAGAGAUUUGGCUAAGUUUCUGGUCAGAAGUUCACUAUAACUCACUGUAUGAUGCUCGAGAUCUCCCUAACAAAUACAAGCCUAAGAAGAAGCACUGGUUGUUUUAGUAUUCAUGCACACGUUUUGAUUCAGACUUGGUGGACUUAUUGCUUGGCCCUUCCACACUUUCACUACUGUUUUUUGGUGGCAUCCUGGGGAUAACCUCUGCGGUUUUCUCCCCUAUAGCUCUGAAUCAAUGGCCUGUGGCGUAUGCUGGCUCCUCGGUAUAGCAUCACACAACAUUAGAUACAGUUACUAUACUGAACUUGAGGUUGUUCCCUUGUGAAUAGAUUCACCUUUACUGAUAUACAAAUUUGUUGUAUACCCUAUGUGUUCGUUAUAUUCUUUAUACAGCUACAUAUUUGUGCUCUUCAUCAGUUCAUUCACUUCAUUUUUGGAACAA